UAUACAAGAAGUUAAAACGAUACUUAAUAAUUCAUGUCGGGCCCAUAACAGAAAAAUAAGGAGAAGUUUUCAAUCUUGAUGGCAGUCAAUUUUAUUUCUACAGCACACAUUCUCACUUCACAUGUGGUGGUUUAGAGCUAAGAUCACCAAGUGUUUGUGAAAAGUCCCGACCGAGAAUUCUUUGCUGAUUCUUGAACAACUAAUAAGCUAGGAUGAGUCAUCCAAAUCGAGACGCAGCAGAUUCAACCGAAAUUGUUGACGACGUUUCAAAUAUUCAACCUACAUCAGCAGCAUCAACCGUGAUCGAAACAAACUUUUCUCCAACAGCUGAAGAUAACACAAAUCAGAAUUGGAAAGGGAAAAGAAGGGGAAGCCGUAGUUGGUUAAUGUAUAGAGCUGCACUGGGAGGCGACUGGGCAGCCGCGGAAGCGCUUCUGAAGCAAGAUCGGAGCUUAGCAAGCGACGUGUUAACGGAGAGGGGCGACAGAGCUCUUCAUUUAGCCAUCGCCAUGAAACAUAAGAAAUUCGUGCAAAAGCUAGUGGAGUGGAUGAGUCCGAGCGAGUUAGAGUUGCCAGACAUGAGUGGAGAUAACGCGUGCUGUUAUGCUGCGAUGUCGGGCUCGGUGCAAAUCGCUAAUCUUCUGGUGGCAAAAAAUGGACGAUUUCUGGUUGCGCGCAACAAGGAUAAUUAUACUCCCCUUCAAUACUCAAUUUUGGGAGGGGAAAGGAAAAUGAUUUCGUUUUUUCUGGAAAAAACUGGAGUUGAUCGUUUGUCACAAGCAGAAUGGUUUCAUCUGUUGUUGAAAGCUAUAGCCAGCAGAAUGUAUGAUGUGGCACUAAAGAUAUUAGAAAAAGAUGGAUCUCUGGCCACGGUGAGGAGUGCAGUAACGGCGUUGCACGUGUUGGCUCGACAGGAUAUAUCAAAGGUCAGCACAAGUAAAACGGCAAUACUAUUCAAAAGUAUUCUUGGCACAUCAUUUUAUGGAAGGCAAGGUCAUGGAAAAAUGAGGGCAGAUUACCGCCUAUUAGCUGAGAAGUUGUUGGCUGAGAUUGAAGAGUCGAUGGAUGAAGAUAGUGCGCUCCAACUACUUGGAAAUCCUCCGAUUCUUAAUGAUGCAGCCAAAGUAGGGAAUGUGGAGCUUAUUGUCAUGCUCAUUCGGGCUUAUCCUGAUCUUAUAAGGCACACCGACACCAACAAUUACUCUUUAUUCCAUAUUGCUGUUCUUCAUCGCCAAGACAACGUGUUUGGCCUCAUAAAACAAACAGGAGGUUUGAAAAACUUUCUUAUCAUGGGAAUGGAUGGAAACAACAACAACAUCUUGCAUUUAGCUGGGAAAUUAGGACCGUUGAACACGAGGGAGAAUAUGGUAUCCAUCUCAGCUAUUCAAAUGCAAAGGGAGUUAGCAUGGUUUAAGGUGAGUAAAUUUGUUGUUCUAAUUCAAUGGUCGUUCUUGUCCCACAUGGAUGAAUUGAUGCAGGAAGUGGAGGCAAUGGUACCAUCAUGGUUUAUGGAGAUGAAAAACGUUGAGGAGAAGAAGCCAAGGGAAGUGUUCUCGGAGGAGCACAAGGAGUUGUUGAGAGAGAGCGAAGCAUGGAUGAGGAGCACGGCAGAUUGUUGCAUGCUAAUCGCGACUAUUAUCCUGACGGUGGUGUACGCGGCGGCCUUCACUGCCCCCGGGGGAAACGACGGGGAGACCGGGCUGCCCAUACUGGUGGGCAACGCGUGGUUCGCGUGCUUCUUCAUAUUCGAAGCAUUGGCUCUGUUUGGGUCCACAUUGUGCAUCAUAACGUUCUGGUCCAUCACGUCGUCGGGUUUUGAAGAGGAUCGGUUUCUGGACAUAUUGCCGUAUCAGUUGAAAUUCGGGAUCAGCGGUCUGUUCGGGUCGUUGAUAGGGGCAAUCUCGGCCUUCAUGUCGGCGUAUUGUUUGGUGUUCGUCGGGGAAGGGCCAGGGGCGUGGCUCGUCAGAUGCCUUCUUCUAUUCAUUUAUGUCAUGCUUGUUUUAGCGAUUUGCGGGCGCUUUAGUGAGUUGUGGUUUAAAAUGAGGCUUCCAAAAUCUUUGCCGCGGAUGCUGUCUCUCCCAAAUACCCAAAGCCUUUUCAGCGGAGACCCACGUUUUCGUGCAUCUGCACAUCUGCCCUGAUUAAAUUCUAAUUCUAAUUAUUCAAUUUUAGUUGAGGUUUGGUAAAUCGUAAUUAGAAUGGAUGCACUGUAAAUUUGAAUGUUCAUAACCUUUUGCCUUACGACUCAUAUCUAAGAGACAUUUAGUUUGAGUGAUAA